AUGAAUACCCUUCUCAUCUUCCUCCUCCUCCUCUCCCUCCGACAACUCUCCGCCGUCGACUUCAUCUUCAACGGCUUCAACACCUCCUCCGAUCUCCUCCUCUUCGGCAACGCCACCGUUUCCUCUCAAAUCCUCACUCUCACAAACAUCACCAACUACUCCAUCGGCCGAGCUCUCUACAAAACCAAAAUCCCAACCAAAGCUCCAAACUCUUCAUACGUCUACCCUUUCUCGACCUCCUUCGUCUUCUCCAUCGCUCCAGCCAAGAACAUACUUCCCGGCCAUGGCAUGGUCUUCAUCUUCACGCCCGCCGAGGGCAUAAACGGAACCAGCUCCAGCCAGCAUUUAGGGUUGUUCAACCGCACAAACGGAGGCAGCUCCACGAACCAUGUUUUCGGGGUCGAGUUCGAUAUGUUUAUGAACCAGGAGUUUAAUGACAUUAAUGACAACCACGUUGGGAUUGAUGUAAACUCAUUGGAGUCGGUUGAUGCAUACGAAGCAGGGUAUUGGACUGAAAAUAAGGUCUUCAAGAAGUUGAAGCUCAACAAUGGCGAGAAUUACCAGGCUUGGAUUGACUAUAGAGAUUCGGUGAUUAACGUGACUAUGGUGAAAGCUGGGAUGGCGAGGCCGAAGACUCCAUUGUUGAGUCAUGUUUAUAAUCUUUCUGAUGUUCUGAAAGAUGAAAUGUUUGUAGGUUUUACAAGCUCAACAGGGACGUUAGUUGAGAAUCACAUGAUUUUGGCUUGGAGUUUCAGCAAUUCUAAUUUUUCUUUAAGUGAGAGUUUGAUCACUUCUGGUUUGCCUAAUUUUGUGCUUCCUAAGGCUUCGAUUUUUAAGUCUAAAGGCUUUAUUGCUGGAGUUACAGUUGGGGGUUUGUUUGUAGUUUGUGUGAUUGCUCUGUUUACUCUGUUUUUGGUUAAGAGGAAAAGGAGGAUGAAGAGGGAGAGAGAUGAAAUGGAGGACUGGGAAUUGGAGUACUGGCCUCACCGGAUUACUUAUUCGGAGAUUGAGGCGGCGACAAAGGGUUUCCAAGAAGAAAAUGUGAUUGGAAUUGGAGCAAAUGGGAAGGUGUACAAGGGUGUUUUGGCAGGAGGGGCAGAGAUUGCGGUGAAGAGAAUUUCGCAUGAGAAUAAUGGAAUGAGAGAGUUCUUGGCUGAGAUUUCAAGCAUUGGGAGAUUGAAGCAUAGAAAUUUGGUGGGAUUGAGAGGCUGGUGUAAGAGAGAGAAGGGGGUUUUCAUGUUGGUCUAUGAUUAUAUGGAAAAUGGGAGCUUGGAUAAGUUGGUGUUUGAUUGUGAUGAGAGUAAGAUGUUGGGUUUUGAAGACAGGAUUAGGGUUUUGAGAGAUGUGGCUUCUGGGGUUUUGUACUUACAUGAAGGAUGGGAAUCUAAAGUGUUGCACAGGGACAUUAAGGCAAGUAAUGUGUUACUUGAUAAGGAUAUGAAUGGAAGGUUAGGGGAUUUCGGGUUGGCCAGGAUGCACAGCCAUGGUGAUGUGCUCGGCACGACUAGGGUGGUAGGAACCGUGGGGUACUUAGCCCCGGAAAUCAUUCACGUCGGGCGAGCUUCCUCCCAGACGGACGUUUUCGGGUUCGGAAUCUUGAUUUUGGAGGUCAUGUGUGGGAGGAGGCCUAUAGAGGAAGGGAAGCCACCCUUGGUGGAAUGGGUGUGGCAACUCAUGGUGAAAGGGCAAGUGCUGAAUGCAUUUGAUGAGAGGUUGAGGGGAAGAGGUAUAGGGUUUAGUGAAGAGGAGGUGGAGAGGGUUUUGCAUUUGGGAUUGUUGUGUGCUUACCCUGACCCAAAUGCAAGACCAUCAAUGAGGCAAGUGGUGAAAGUUUUGGAGGGGAAGAAUGAUAAUGAGGGAUGUGAUGAGUCUGAAACUGAGGAGAUGGAUGCUUAUUUGCUUCAGAAAUUGCAAUCCAAGGAAAUGUGGUCUGAGUUUUCACAUAACUUUGGGUAUGGAUUAUCAUCACACCCAACUUUUGAAGAUAUCAAGCAAUCUAUAUCCAACUCUAUGUCCCUCUCUUGGUCCAAUUCUAGUAUAGCAGAGGGUAGGUGA